CUCCCCCACUAGGGGGCAGGCCUGUUUUCUAGUUUGUGGGGGCCAUGGGGCCCAGGUAAGCCUGGGACCCCAGGUCAUGGGUGAACGAAUGUACCACGGAGCCCAUUCCUGUUCCGGCACCAACCUCAGGAAAUGCCAGGAUUUAGGAGACUCAAUUCUUCUGAUUCUGGGCACCUUCAUCUUGCUCAACGUGGGAAUCAAUGUGGUGACUCUGCUCUGGAAGCAUCUGAAGAGCUCUUUGCGGAUUCUUUUCCAUCACUAUUUCCCCAAAGAUACCAAGAACCUGUGUUCCAGAAUCCCUGCCCGAUUCCACCACCAACCAGGUUUCCUACCUGGGCACGUCAAUUGCCUUGACACUUGGAUACCAGACACAAAUGAUGAGAACAUUUCCAGGUGCUGCUGGAUGCCGCCCCAGUGUGGACAUGGCAGAGCCCCCCCAGAAGCCCCAUGGGAACUGUGGAAAGAUAGGAUGAUAGGAGCUGGAGAAGCCUCUCAGGCCAUAGUCAUGAAGACUCAAGCUUCUUGCGAUGCCAAGCCAGAGAUUUCUCCCCAGAUUCCAAAGAUAAGCAAGCUGAAUGUGGUUCCGCCCUCUUCAUCCCUAGACAAGAAGACGAAGGCAUCAGCUGAUAGUCUGCACCAUGCUCCGGCCCAGGCUCUGACCUAUACUUCAACCAACACCCAUGAGCACCCUUCCACCCAGUCCCAGUCUCAGACCUCAGAGCACUCUGAAUUCAGGGCACAGGGUGUUAAGCAUACCUCAGCCCAUGAACCACCAUCCCCUGCACCAGACUACACCCUAGCCCUCAGUGAAGGCAGCAAGCCAGCCAAGGCUCCAUCCCCAACCUCAUCCCGUCAACUAGCCCCCACCCGACCCUAUCCCCCCAUCAAGGCCCCGACUCAUAGUCAAUCGCAUGUCUCGGGUCAGGCCCAACCUCACCACCUGCCUUCUAGCUCACUCAAGGUUCCAGCCCCAACCCCAGCCCAGGGUUUAGCCCACAAUCCUAAGCAAAACUCAGUCCCUACAUUACCUCAACGCCCAACCAAGUCUGCUGCAUAUGCUUCCUUCCAAUCCCAAGGCCGUGAUCCAGUCCAAAUCCCAGGACACACCUUGACCCACUCCCAAGCUGAUGUCCCUAAAGAAACCUCAUCUCAAGUCCCAGCACAUGCCCCGUCCCAUUCUCCAAUUCAUUUGUAUGCCCGUACCUCAGUGCCCAACCCAACCUCUGCCCCAGCCCCUGGCCCAACCUUUACCCCAGCCGCUUGUGUUCUGGCCUCUGUCCCAACCUGUGCCCCAGCCCCUGCCCUAGCCUUGUCCACGACCAUGGCUACUACCCAAGCACCUGCUGACGUCCCCACCACCACCUCUACCCCUAUCCCACCUUCUGUUCCUUCUAUGGUGGCUACUUUUGACCCCAGCUUUUCUACUGGCCAUAUGAUCUAUGGUGCCCGAAGAGUGAAGCAGAGCACCUUCCCUAAACACGGCUCCCAGGACUCAAGGUAUAUCAGGAAGGACUUGAACAUCCUCUCCAGUUCCCAGGAGGUGACGGGCCUGGUAAAUGCUGGUACUGCUGAACAAACACAGAAGCAGCAUGGUGGGGACAGUGCCGAGCCUCCUUCAGGGCCUAGGCUGGGCUAUCUGGAGUUGGGAAACAUGGAAUGGAAGAUGUCAGAUCAUGCCAAAGAUAAGUUCUCCCAGCCCAAGACCAUCCCUUACAGCAGGAUUCAUUCUUGCUCUUCUGAGAGGAAAAGUGAGGAAGUCCAGGCUCCACUCUACCACCAGUACCUGGUCUAUGCCCAGGAUGCCACGCCCUCCAAACCCUGCCUUCACUCUCCCAGCACCACUCAGAACACGCUGCCCACCAUCCCUCCUCCAUGCACUCUCUCUCUGCCUCUUGUUUCUCCCAGAACAUUUGCUGUGUCGCAGUCUAACCAUCAGAAGCUCUCUAAUUUAACACAGGCCCCCUCCUUUCUCUCAACUCCCAAUUCUCCUCAGAUGGCCUCCUCUUCCCACUUCUGUAUCCCUUCUCAGUUCUCCACCGUCUCUCAGUCAUUAAUCCAACCUCCAAACCCUGAGCAUCAAAACCUUAACCAAGGCCUUGGCCUUCAGAAGUCUCCAUCACUUGCCAAGGAUUCCAGAGUUCCCAAGAACACAGGCUUUCCACAAGACACAGGACUCCACAAGAACCCAGGCCUUACCCAAGAUUCAAGCCUCCACAAGAACCCAGGCCUUACCCAAGAUUCAAGCCUCCAUAAGAACCCAGGCCUUACCCAAGAUUCAAGCCUCCACAAGAACCCCCGGCUGACCCUGACCCCAGGUGUCAACAAGAACUUGGGUUUCUACAAGUUUCCAAACCAUACUCAAGAUCUUCAUCUUGGCAUGAAUCCAAACAGUUCUCAAGAUCCUUGCCUUCAAAAGAAUCAGGAUCUCUCUCAAGAUCCUGGCCUGAGGAGUCCAGCUGCCAUCCAAGAUGCUGAUGUUCUUAGGAAUCAUCCAGUCUUAGGGGCCAUCCAACAUCCCAGUCUCCACAAGACUGUAAAACUUAAUGAAACAUCUGGCCAGAGGACUUUGAGCUUUAUGCAAGACUCUCUGGUCUACAGGAAUGCUCCAUUAAACCAAGAUCCUGCAAUCAACAAAAAUAAAGACCCCUCCCUAGUGACCAACUAUCAGAGACUAGAUCCCUGUCAGGAUUCCAGAGGUAGUAAAGUUACAGGAAAUGUACAACAUCCAGGAGGAUGCAGGAAUGUAGGCCUUACCCAACACUCUAGACCACAGAAGAACGAGUGCCAUACCAAAGAUUCUGAAGUUAACAAAAGCUCGGGACUUACCCAGGAAUCUGGUCCCCAUAAGAGCAUAGGCCUUGUCCAAACUUCUUGCAUCCAUAAGAGCUCGGGUCUCACACGAAACUCAGGAGACUACAAGAAUCUAGGCCUUAUCCACGAUUCUGGAAUCUGUAGAGUCCCAGAUCUUACCCAAGACUCCGACUCCUACAAGAGCAGUAGCCUUGUCAUUGAAACUGAAAAAAGGAUAGACCUUAACCAAGUUAACAUCUACAGUUCAGAACAUAGCCAAAGCUCUCACCUUCAGGAGUGCCCAGCAACGGAUCAAGACCCCUGUUCUCAUCGCGACCCAGCACUUGGUCAGGGCUCUGGCUUCAAGUCUCCAGGCUCUCCCCAACAAGCUAACUCCUGCAAGGACUCAGGCCUUAUCCUAGACUCUGACCUCUCAAAAAGAGUAAGCUAUGUUCCAGGUACAGAUUCUGCCCAAAUCUCAGGUUCACUUCAGACAGUAACGCUAACGCCUUCCCCAGUGAAAUCCUUCGUAUGUAAGAUGGCUUCUCCAAAGGACAAUACCGAGCAGCACUUACCCUGGACUUCUGUCCCCGUCAAUCAUAACUCCUGCCCUUCCAAGGCCCAAGUGAUCUCCGCAGACCUGAAAACUUUCUCAGACGUACCUGUACUGAUUGAGCUACAGCCACCCUCCCGGAGGUUAGACAGCCAAGACUGGGUAUACCACCCUGCAGAUACAGUGCCUCUGGCUUACCAGAAGUAUCGCCAGAUGUCUAUGCCUCCCAAAAUCAACUUGAAGCCCCACUGCCCUGGACCAGGCACCCGGUCAGGUCAUGUGGUCUUUGAUUCCCGUCAGAAACCCUUAGUAACCGGCAGAGAAAAGUGUGAAGCUCUAACUUCCAGGCGCUUCCGUCAAGAGGCACCCAGAAACUCAAGGAGACCCAGAAGGAGUGGGGAUAUCAAAAUGUGAUGAGGACCUUGAACAAAGAGGAGACAAAUACACGUCGGGAAUAAAGAGGCAAGAGAAGCAUUCUGUGGCUGGUUGAGGCUCUCCAUCCCAGCACUACCACUGAUAUUGACCAUCUCCAUCUUAAACAGAUACAGAAUUAGCACACGUUCCUAUCGUCCUCCACAGCUCCAUAGCCAGGCUCAAGAGUUGACUUUUCAGUGGGGAAAAAAUACUUAACCACUAGCCAAAUGUGACUAUUAGAAUGUCAAUUAAAAUUUAAAAUUCUCAC